AUAAGAACAACGCAGCCAAGGCACGGCAGGUUAGGGCUAGAGACUGAGAGAAAAUACAAUCGAAGGAGACAUUUGUUGUUUCUGGACUUCUAUAUUUGAGGAAAAAUGGAAGGUCCAGCCACAUUAAGAAUUCUCCUGCUGGGGGAAAGUCAAAAUGGGAAGAGCAGCCUGGCCAACACCAUUUUCGGAGAAGCCAUAUUUAAAGUAAAAGAGUUUAAUGAUGCAAAAUCCUUUACCACUGAAGCAAAAACCAAAUUUGUCAAUGGAAGAAACUUUACUUUGAUUGAUACUCCUGGUUUGUUUGACUCAGGCAGGCCUCAGAAGACCGUGAAGUCUGAGUUAAUGAGAUGUAUGAUAGAGAGCGCCCCUGGGCCUCAUAUUUUUCUGAUCAUUCUAAAAGUGGAAAAAUACACAGAGCAAGAGAAGGAUGUCAUCGCUAAAAUACGUCGGCAUUUCUCUGAUGAUGCUCUGAAAUACGUUGCUUUGAUCUUCACUCAUGGUGACCAGCUCCCUGAAGGGAUGAACAUACAGCAAUACGCUGCUCAAAGCGAUGGCUUGUGGGAACUGGUGCAGAAGUGUGGAGGUCGCUGCCAUGUUUUUGAUAACAGAUACUGGAGGAACACCGAGGAGGAAGAAUAUAGAAGCAACAAGUUCCAGCUGGCAGAGCUGUUCAAAACUAUUGACAAGAUAUUAAUCAAAAACAAAGGAGGGCACUUCAGUAAUACAAUACUGAAUGAGAUAGAGACAGAAAUACAAAAGGAGAUUGAACUUUUAAAGCUCUCAUCAGAAAACAUGUCAGAGGAGGAAAUCAAACAGCAGGUAAAAAGUAUUGUUCUAAAAAAGCAAUCAUCCAAAAAAGAAGAGCGUCUUUGGAAAAUGGUUUCAUUCGGUGUUGGAGUAUUCUCUAUGUUUAUCAUCUUCCGAAGGGCAAUAAACACAGCAGAGGCACCCCCUCUUACCAUCGAUUUAUUAAAGGACACUGUACAGCAAACAACUGAGGAUGCAAUACCAAACACAUUUGAGGUAAUUUCCAACUAUUUUGCAUUGUAUGAAAAAACAUACAGUCCUUUCUGUCCGUUUGAAUGAAGAGUGAAGAGUGAAGUCUUCAAGAACCUUUCUAACAUUCUUACUGAUUUUACAAACAAGAAAGGAUAAAUUCAUUUGCCACCUGUUUAAAAUCUGUUUAAAUUCAUCCACUUAUCUGUUUUGGAGUGAAGGAGGAAGAAUAGGAGAACAUAAAACUCCAUGCAGAAAGAAUCCAAGCUGGGAUUUGAUCAACAUAUCACACUUCAGCUAUUUCAUAAUAGGAUGAAAAAACUAUGAAAAUAUAUCAAACAAUAAUAAAUGUUACAACAGUCUCAGUUUAUCACUUAGUUUAUAUCUACAAAAAUACACAAUGAAAAUCUUUCCCUUCUUUCCCCUUUCAGUUUAAAACGUAAAUUUAUUCAAUUAAUACAGUGUUGCUACACAGCAGCAGACAUGUCAGUAGAAUAUCCUUUGAGUUGAAGGAAUAUAGAGCUAAUAUUUUAAGUUUUUUUUAAACCUAUACACUGAAUUGACAAUGUAAUAAAAUAAAAACUCCAAAGCAAUGUAAAAACUAAAACAAAUUCACAAAUAUUCUAGCAUUCUUAUUCAGCCAUUUCUAAAUGAGAUUCUUAACUAUAUUCAGGUGGUUUUAUUGUUAAUAAUCUUUCCAGACAUUGACUUUACCUAACUUUUUAUUAUUAUUUGAAAAAUAUUCAGAGUAAAUCUUCUGUAAGGUUGAUCUAUUGUUCAAACAUUUUAUAUACUGUUUUGUUCUGUGCUGAAGAAUUUGUUUCUUUUUAUCCAAAUGCACCAAAUGUGACUAACAUUCACAAUAAAGAAAAGCUACAUACUUCCCUAGGAUUUCAAUGUAUUGUCACACACUUGUAAUUAAAAUAUGUAAAAUUCAAGAGAUUUUCAAGAGAUUUUUUUUGUUUUG